UUCAUACGCCGCGCGAUGUAUUGGCGAACGCGACGGGACAAAGGACGCUUUCGUACGCAAGCAGAAGGACGCCAUGUUUACUUGUCAACGGACGUCAAGGUGUUCGCGCACGGAGGGAGCGAAGCAGGAAGCGCUCGCCGCUCGUUACUUAUCCGUCGCAGGCCGCUGUCGGACCGAGGGUGCCGGGAUAAUCGGAGAGGUCGGGAGCGAGGAUCCGCGCGCGUCUCGUCGCCAUGGAGCGCGCCGACGCCGCCGCCGCCGAGUCGCGGAAGCGCAAACGCGAGGAGUACGAGAUGCAGCUGUUCGGCUUCCACACCAGAGCCGUUCAGGAACAUUAUAAUGAGCAGAAUACAGUCUAAGACUAGGAAAUUAGGCGAGGCGCUGGAACAAUGCAACACAGAUCCCGAGAGCUUAGACGCGAUAAAGAUAAACGAAGCGCAACUCCUAAAAGCGUACCAAGCAGCUUCUUCACCUCAUUUAAAGACUAUAGAGAAUAUCGUAAACAAAUUUAUUUCCGUGCCCGGUAACGUUCUGGCGGACGAGGACAAGCUUCAGGGUACACAAUACACGGAAGCGGAGUUGGAAAACAUACGUAAGAAACUGGACGAGUUCCAGCAGAGAGCCAGGCGGGCGACUAUCCUGAAUGCGGCAUUAAAGGAGGAGUUGCAGCUCGUAGAGCAAUUUUCGAUCUGCGCGGAUAACACCGAUAAGCUGAGUCGGAUAAUCGAGAGUGACAUCGCUUACCAGGACGUCAGUGAGAAAAUUCCCCGAGUAAUAAAGAAUUACAAGCAAUUUAAUGCGUCUCUCGACGAUGCGGCGCGCGUCUCGCAGAGAGUGCUUUACAACACGAUGGAUGAUUUCGAGCGCGUAGAUUGCGAUAUUGAUAACUUAUGAUUGUACAAGGAUAAUGUAUUGUCAUGUUUUUUUUUAAUUCUUUGCUGCCAACACUACAGCCUCUGAGAUUAUAGUGUAAAUAUGUAAAUGAGAAUGCGUUCUAUAAAUGUUCUAUAAGUGUAUGAAUUAUACGUUGUAUAUAAUAAUUUGCAAUUUUAUUAAAUAUUUGUAAGCGUGAUUUAUUUCGAACCCC